UUCAAAAAAAAAAAAAAACAAACAACAUAUGUUGCUUCUGUUUUUAGUAAGUAAUUGGCCGACAAUGGCCGAUGCUGUGAUCUCUCAAUGGAAAAGAAAGCCAAAGUGAGACUGGUGAAGUUUUGAAAAAGGCUCAAGUGAUGGAGGUUAGAUUCUGUGAUAUCCUCUUCUCUUGUCUUCAAUUUCAAAUUUCAAUGUAGCAAACAUAUAAGUCCUAAAGUGAUAAUCACUCAUCAUCGCCUUGACAUUGCUAAAGAGAUCCAAACCCUAAUUACGAAACUAGAUGAAAUCACCUUAUGUUUGGACAUAGGAGAACAAGUGUUGAUUAUGCUGUUGAAAAUUGAAAUUAAGUGUUGCUUAUAAGGAAACUUUGAUUGAUAGACUAAGGCAAAGUGGGAGUGACCAAGAUGACGAAAAACCCAAAUCAUCCCCAUUGUUGGAAAAUGGGAGGAAUUGGAAAGACUACUCUAGCCAGAAAUGCUUACAAUGAUGCUGAAAUUAAGACCAUUUUUGAAGAUAAAAUGAUUUGGGUUUGUGUCUCAGACCCAUUUGACAUUGGUAGGAUUGCCAAUGAAACUAUUAAACAACUCACUCGUCAAACCCCAGCUGUCAUUAGCUUAGAGUUGCAGUUGCUGAUCGAUGAGAAGAAAUUUGUGAAUCUGUGAAGGAUAAGAGGUUUCUAUUGGUACUAGACUAUGUGUGGACUACUGACUACAAGAAGUUUUCAAGAUUGGUGGUGUUGAAACUGGGAAGUACAGUUGUGGUGACAAUGCAGAAUGAGGAGGUGGCCAAAAUGAUUGGAGACACAAACAAGAUUUGCAUGGAUAAAUUGGCUGAAGAAGAUUGCUGGCUGUUGUUAAGAGAAAUAGCACUUUCUAACAGGAUGGAACAAGUGAGGGAAUAUUUUGGCACAAUCGAUUGAAAAAUUGUAAGUAAAUGCAAUGACUUAUCUCAUGCUGUGAAGACUUUUGGGAGUCUUUUGCAUGUUAAAGAUAUUGAAGAUUGGCUUGAAACGUUAACAAGUGAAUUAUGGGAGUUAAAAAAUGUGGAGGAAAGGAAUGAAACAGGGGUUGUGGGUUGGAAAAUGAAGGACCCUUUGAAAAUAAUGCCUUUGUCUUGAAUCCUUAGAAUUAUCAUGGUCUCAAUAUCUGGAAUCGUUGCCUGACUUCUUGGAGUCAACAGUCAACACCAUUGAAGAAUUUGAAGAUUUGGUGUUGUGAUAUCCUACAUAAAUCUUGCCAAAAGGAGAAGGAAAAGAUUGGCACAAGAUUCUUCAUGUCCCAAACAUUGUUAUCUCAAACAGAUGGAAGGUCAAACUUCCGCGGCGGACUAAUGAUAAUGAAGAAAAUUGGCUUUGGUCAUUCGUCAAUAUGGUGAAAAAAAAGUGAAGCUGGUAAUGGGAGUCGAUGGAGGAGUUGAAAACCUUGAAGCAAAUCUGAUAGCCAUCAAAGCAGUUCUUACAGAUGCUGAAAUGAGACGAUGGAAUGAAGAAGCUGUGAAACUCUGGCUUGAAGAUCUCAAAGAUGUUUCCUACGACAUGGAUUCUGUCCUAGAUGAGUGGAACACUACCAUUCUCAUGUCAGAAUUAGACCAAGGAGGUAACAGAGCUGAAAGUAGUACCAGUCAGAUUACUAAAACCAAGGUUUGGUGUUCUAUUCUAUUCUCCUGUUUUAAUUGUACCAAACUAAGUCCUCCAGUGAUCAUUUAUCGUCAUCACAUCGCUGAAGAAAUCCAGAGCUUAAACCAGAAACUAGGGAGGAUCAACGAUAGAAAGAACAUGUUUGGUUUUAGAUCAAACACGAUUGGCGAUACUAUUGAACUUAGGUGGCCAGACUUCACCACCUCCUUUCUUGAUGUGCCUGUGAUUUAUGGUCCAAUGGACAAUAAGAAAAUUCUGAUUAAUCAAUUAACACUGGGUGGGAGUAGCCAAGAGGAACAGGGACUCAAAUUCAUUCCCAUUGUUGGAAUGGGAGGGAUUGGAAAGACCACUCUAGCCAGAAAUGCUUAUAAUGAUCCUGCGGUGAAGACUCUUUUUGGGGGUAACAUGAUUUGGGUUUGUGUUUCAGAUCCAUUUGAUAUUGGUAGGAUUGCCAAAGAAAGUAUCGAACAACUCACCGGUGUAAUCCCCACGGUCAUAGGGUCAGAGUCACUAAUGAGAAAGUUUCGUGAAGCUGUUAAUGACAAGAAGUUUCUACUAGUACUAGAUGAUGUGUGGACUACCGACUAUAGUAAGUGGCUUUUACUAGUGCAAAUUUUAAAGCUUGGCGCAAUUGGAAGUAGAGUUGUGGUGACUACACGGAACGAGGAAGUGGCUAAAAUGAUUGGAGAUACAAAUAAUAUGAUUUGUGUGAACAAAUUGGGUGAAGAAGAUUGUUGGUUGUUGUUAAAAGAAAUAGCACUUUCCAACAAGACAGAACAAGAGAAGCAAAAUUUUGAUGCCAUUGGUCGAAAAAUUGCACGUAAAUGCAAUGGCUUACCUCUUGCUGCCAAGGCCUUAGGGAGUCUUUUGCGUGUUAAAGAUAUUGAAUAUUGGCAUGAAAUGUUGAGAAGUGAAAUCUGGGAGUUGAAGAAUAUGGAGGUAGAGCUUUUCAACCCAUUGUUAUUCAGUUAUUAUGAUUUGACUCCUGUAGAAAGACGAUGUUUUAUGUAUUGUUCCAUCUUCCCUAAAGAUAAUGUGUUUCGAAGAGAUUAUUUAAUACAACAAUGGGUGGCUCAAGAUUAUUUCAAGUCAAUGAACGAUGGUAAGCAUGAAGAUGAACAAAGAGGUCUGGUGUGUUUCCAAAAUUUAGCUACACGGUCAUUUUUUCAAGAAUUUGAGUUUGAUAAUUAUAACUUCACUAUGGAAUGCAAGAUGCAUGAUAUAGUACAUGAUUUUGCGUGUUAUCUCACAAAAAAUGAAUACUCCAUUGAACUAAUUUCUGAUGUUGAAAAGAGAGUUGACUUGGAUAUUCGUCAUCUCAACUUAAUUUAUGUUUCUUCAUCGGUGACUCCAACUUUCUCAAAUCUCAAGAAGAAGAAUUUGCACACUCUUAUGGUUACGUGUGAUUCAAUGUUGACAGGUUCGAAUAAUUCACUGAGUUCCUGCAUGUUCCCUUAUGAUCUCUUGGAUUUGAAACGUCUGAAGACAUUAAUUUUGAAGGGAGAAUCAAUGAAGAUUCCAGUAAGUAUCGGUGAUUUAAUACAUUUGAGAUAUUUUAGUAUUAGAUCUUAUGAUAUCAUAGAUGUGCCACCCACGAUUGGAAACUUGUUUAAUCUCCAAACGUUGAAGUUUUAUUGUUGUAUUACUGAACUUCCUGAAGAAGUUGGAGAAUUGAUGAACUUAAGACACCUUCACUUAAUUAAAGGGUGUACUAAAAGUUUGCCGAAAAGUAUUUGGGCCUUGACAAGACUUCAGACAUUGGAUAUUGGUGGUAGUAUAAAGGUAGGGGUCCUAGGGGAUAUUCGAAUCUUGAACAAUCUUUGUAUUAUUCGUUUGGAAGGCUUAGGCAAAGAGGAACACAAGGAAGAGGCUAAGGAAGCUCAACUUCUUAACAAAAAAGCUCUUGUCCAUUUGCAUUUGAAAUUUGAUAAGGAUUCUUCAGUGAUGGAUACCCAUGAGAUUGUACUGGAUUCUCUGCAACCACAUCAUGAAAACUUAAAAUCUUUAAGAAUUGAGGAGUAUUGUGGCCUGCUCAUUUCUCCUAGUUGGAUGUUAUCAUUGACUAAUUUGAGAAACUUAGACUUGUAUGGAUGUUUUAACUGCAUCACAUUGCCUCCUUUGGGGAAACUCCCAUGCCUCGAAUCGCUUUGUAUUGAUAGUUUUCCUGGUUUGAAGAAGAUUGGGUCUGAAUUCUUGGGAGAAGAAAAGGAUAGCAAGUCACUGUUUCCGAAAUUGGAAAAAUUUGAAAUCAAUUUUGCAGAUUCGUUGGAGGAAUGGGUAGGGGUGGCAGGGUGGACAGUGAAUGGCCCUUUGAAAAUAAUGCCUUGUCUUGAAUCUUUGGAAAUGUCAUUUUGCGGUUUGUUGAGAACAUUGCCUGACUUUCUGAGAUCAACACCACUGAAGAAUUUGGUGGUUGCUCAAUGUGAUAUUCUAGAGAAAUCUUGCGAGAUGGAAAAGAUUCGCCAUGUCCCAAAUAUUACUAUCUGUUAAAGCUAAGGAUCCAAAGAAUUAAGGAAAGGGUUGGCCCCAAGUUGAAGCAGUUCUGUCUUCUUUCAUGUGAGUAAAUUUUCUACCAUAUGCUUUUAUAGGAUCCCUUCGUACUUUAUAAAUUACAGUAGGGGUGUUCACAAAUUAUCCGAUCCAAUCCAAUCCGCACGAUCCAAUCCAAUCCAAUCCGCAAAAUGCGGAUAUCCGCACUUGUGCGGAUUGGAUUGGAUUGAAAAAACUAAAAUCCGCACUUGUGCGGAUUGGAUGUUGUUUGACCUCAAAAAGUAACCGAUCCAAUCCAAUCCGCACUUAAUUAUAAAUUUUUAAAAAAUUAUAAUAUAUAAUAUAUAUUAAUUAAAAAAAGACACAAACUUCUAAUUUCUUAAUCUUUUUUAAUAAUAUAUUGAGUUGGUGCAUUUUAUUUAUUUCAUAAUAAAAAACACAACAAAAAUAAUUCUUAUUAACAUAGACACAUAUAUAAAUUUAAAUAUAUAUACUAACUUAUUUAUUUUAUUUAUUUUAGUAAUAGAUACAUAUAUAUUUUAGUAUAAAUCUAAAGAUAAGUACAUAUAUAUUGAUAUAUGUAUAUUGGUUUGAUUUGUAUAUAAAUAGAGAUGGAAAUAGAUUAUUAUUGGAGUUUAAGAAACAAUAGUUUUUUUUUUUAAAAAAAAAUUUUUCUAUGAAAUAUUAAAUAAUUUAUUAUUAAAAAAAUAACCGAUCUAAAAUAACCGAUCCAAUCCGCACUAUUGCGGAUCGGAUUGGAUUGGAUUUAAACUCUUAUGCGGAUCGGAUUGGAUCCAAAAUAUGAAAUCCGCACUUAGUGCGGAUUGGAUGUUGUUUGACCAAAAAAGUGCGGAUUGGAUCGGAUGAACACCCCUAAAUUACAGUGUCUAAGAUUUUAUUGGAUAUUAAAUUUGAGUGUUUCUUUAGUACAAGUACAAAAUUUGACAAAAUAAAUUCUAUUAGGAGUCUCAUACUCUCACAGUGGUUGAACUAAUCAUAUAGAGUACUGAGAAAUUUGGAGAAAAAUAACUCUGUUAUUUUAUUUAUGUGUAUAUACAUCCUAGAAACAAUCAAUAUCAAUAUAUCAAUAUAAAGGAAAGCACAAAGGGAAUUUAGGUGGCAACCUAUUAUUUUUUCUUCUUAUUUUUUCUAUUUUAUCACACAUUCUCUUAUUUUAUUUGAGAAAUACACUAUACAUAUAAACUAAAAGUCCCACAUCAUUUAAAAAUCGUUUAGAAGUUAUCCAUGUAGGUUAUAAGUAGUAGUUUUAUCACUUUACUUUCUUUUAUCUAAAAAAUAUUAUUUUUUUACGAGUAAUUGAAUAAUUUCUUACUCAAUAUUUUUUUUAUAUACAUAUUUAUUUAUAUAAGUAAUUAUUUAUUUUUUAAUAAUUAACUUUGUAGUAAUAAUUUUUAAUUUUAUAUAUAUUUAUGAAAUAAAUUUUAGUUUAAAAAUUUUAUUUUACUAUUCUAAAUUUUUAUAUGUUCGAGUUAAAAAUAAUUUUUUAUAGCUAAAAUUAAUUUACCAAUCAUCACUAUAUAUAUAUAUCAAUAUAUCAAUCAAUCAAUAUAUCAAUAUAUAUAUAUAUAUAAAGGAAAGCACAAAGGGAGUUUAGGUGGCAACCUAUUAUUUUUUCUAUUUUAUCACACAUUCUCUUAUUUUAUUUGAGAAAUACACUAUACAUAUAAACAAAAAGUCUCACAUCAUUUAAAAAUCGUUUAGAAGUUAUCCAUGUAGGUUAUAAUUAGUAGUUUUAUCACUUUACUUUCUUUUAUCUAAAAAAUAUUAUUUUUUUAUGAGUAAUUGAAUAAUUUCUUACUCAAUAUUUUUUUUAUAUACAUAUUUAUUUAUAUAAGUAAUUAUUUAUUUUUUAAUAAUUAACUUUGUAGUAAUAAUUUUUAAUUUUAUAUAUAUUUAUGAAAUAAAUUUUAGUUUAAAAAUUUUAUUUUACUAUUCUAAAUUUUUAUAUGUUCGAGUUAAAAAUAAUUUUUUAUAACUAAAAUUAAUUUACCAAUCAUCACUAUAUAUAUAUAUAUAUCAAUAUAUCAAUCAAUAUAUAUAUAAAGGAAAGCAAAACAAGAGUUUAGGUGGCAACCUAUUUUUUUUUUCUUCCUAUUUUUUAUAUUUUAUGAUACAUUCUCUUAUUUUCUUUGAGAAAUACACUACACAUAUAAACAAAAAGUCUCACAUCAUUUAAAAAUAGUUUAGAUGUUAUCAAUCAAUAUAUAAAUAUAUAAAUAUAUAUAUAUAUAUAAAGGAAAGCAAAAGAAGAGUUUAGGUGGCAACCUAUUUUUUUUCUUCCUAUUUUUUCUAUUUUAUGAUAAAUUCUUUUUUUUUUUCUUUGAAAAAAAAAAUACUACACAUACAAAUAAAAAGUCCCACAUCAUUUAAAAAUGGUUUAGAUGUUAUCUAUGUAGGUUAUAAGUAGUAGUUUUAUUAUUUUACUUUCUUUUAUCUAAAAAAUAUUAUUUUUUUAUGGGUGAUUGAUUAAUGUCUUACCCAAUAAUUUUUUUUUUUAUAAAUAUUUGUAUAAGUAGUUAUUUAGUUUCUAAUAAUUAACUUUGUAUAAUAAUUUUUAAUUUUAUUUUAUAUAUUUAUGAAAUGAAUUUUAAUUUAAGAAUUUUAUUUUACUAUUCUAGAUUUAUAUAUUGUUAAGUGAUCGAAUUAAAAAUAAUUUUCUAUAACUAAAAUAUUUUCUCUUAUAUAUAUAUAUAAAAAGGAAAGCAUAUUUUUUUUUCUUCCUGUUUUAUUUUAUUUUAUGACACAUUCUUUUAUUUUCUUUGAAAAAUACACUACACAUACAAAUUAAAAGUCUCACAUCAUUUAAAAAUCGUUUAGAUGUUAUCCAUGUAGGUUAUAAGUAGUAGUUUUAUUAUUUUACUUUCUUUUAUCUAAAAAAUAUUAUUUUUUAUAGGUGAUUGAUUAAUGUCUUACCCAAUAAAUUUUUUUUUAUAUAUUUUUUGUAUAAGUAGUUAUUUAUUUUCUAAUAAUCAAUUUAUAUAUAUAAAGAAAAGCACAAAGGGAGAAAAUAUUCAAACGACACCACAAAACAAAAUAUAAAAACUUUAAUAAAAAAUAGUUAAACUAUUUUUUUGUAUUAAGCAAAAAAAGUCUAGAUAGUCUUUUAAAAAUAACUACAUCAUCAGAUACAAGGUCAGUUUAUUAAAUUUAGAAAUAGUUAACUUUUUCAUUUAUUUUAUUAUAAAAGUACAUGUAAUUUCUUUGUUAAUUUUACAAUCUUUAAUGUUUCUCAUAAAAUCACUAUCUUUCUAUAUAUUUUAAAAAUAGUAAAUUAUAUUUAUAAUUUUAAUACUGUUACUUUGUUUAUAAUAACACAAAUUAAAAUAUUAUAUUUUAGAUUAUAUCACUCAAUAUAAUUGCAAUAUAUAUAAAGAUUACAAAAAUUAGACAACACCGCGCGAAGCGCGGCUUAGUUUCCUAGUGUAUAUAUGUAGUGAAAAUACAAUCAAUCCCAUAAAUACAAUAACAAAAGAAAUUAACACAUUUAAUCAAAAAAAAAAAAAAAAAAAGAAA